CUCAUCAAAUUCUCUCAAUGUGUAAGUCUAAAUAUAGUCAUGUGUGAUCUUGUUUGAUUUGUCUUAACAUAUAGAUUAUUAAUAUAUAAUUUCUAUAAUUUUUUAAUAUACAAAUUACAAGAUAAAAUGGAUUAAAGAAGUGUAUUGGAUGGUGUAUAAAAAUGAAAGUGGACAAAUACUCUGGAACGGAGUACUCCAAGGGUCUUUUUCUUCCAUUACAUAAUAUGGCUUGGGUUAUUGGUGAUUUUUUUAAAUAUGUGUUGUUGCUUUGGUUUAUGCUCUGUUUUGGCUACCAACUGUUGGAUGUCAGCUAUUUAUCGGAGCCAAACUAUAAAAAAUGGAGCCGCCUUUUCCUUCUUUUGGUUCGGCGUUUCAACCUUGAAGGCUUUCUCACCGGUGAGAAAACUUCAACCGGAAAAGAUGACGUCGAAUGGCUCCAACUAGACGCCCUUAUUCAGGGGUGGAUUCUCUCCACCGUCAACGACGAGGUAUCGGAUCUCAUCAUCUCUUCCACCACAUCCGCUGCAGAUCUUUGGAAAUCGAUUCAUAACCUGUUUCACGUUAACAAGGCGGCAAGAGCCAUGCAAUUGGAGCAACAAUUCUUCAACACCGUCAAAGGAACAUCUAUAAUUGCUACAUAUUGUCAGACGCUUCGAAAUAUUGCCGAUUGGCUUGAUGAUGUCGAUGCCCCGGUCUCCGAGAAUCAACUUGUCUUGCAAACCCUACGUGGCCUCCCGGAGGAUCUAAGCAAUCAAGCAUCGUUCUUACAGUUUCAAAAACCCCCGCCCACGUUCAUGGAGACCCGAUCAGCCCUCCUUCUUCUUGAGGGACAGCGGCGACCUGCCGCCGGCGAGGGGAGCACAGCGCUGGCAGCACACGGCGGAGGAGGCCCUCGCGGCCCGGGCUUCGGUGGUCAUGGCGGACAGCAUCUUGGACUCAGCAGCGGCAGUAAUGGACCACCCCAGGCGUAUGGCGGACGGGGACAAUCGCACGGUGGCCGCGGUGGACGACCGACUCGCGGUCGAGGUCAAGGACGAAACGGCGGAACUCCCUCUCGGCACUUCCCUGGGCAGGAUCCUCGAACGGGCAACGUGAUUCAUCGCUCCAAUGACAACGGCCCCCUCUACCCCCUGCGCCCGCACGUCCCAGUUGCUCAAGCACACGUUGCCUCUGUUGACACCCAGACGUGGCAUCGUCGUCUUGGCCAUCCUAGCCCAGCUGUUUUCCAUGCCAUUCCUCCUUUAUCUGUUUUACAUAAUAAACAUUUUUACGACAAAUUAUGUCAUGCUUGUCAGUUAGGGAAACAUGUGCGUCUCCCUUUUACUUCUUCUAGUCGUACUUCAACUUUUUCCAUUUCAACUUAUGCAUACUGAUUUAUGGCAGUCGCCCGUACCUAGCAUUACUGGUUUUAAACAUUAUAUGCUUCUUCUUGAUGAUUUUUCUCAUUACUUAUGGGUCUUUCCCUUACGUCACAAAUCUGAUGUUUUUUCUCAAUUAACCCAGUUUAUGGCUUAUGUGAAAAAUCAUUUUAAUGCAACUAUUAAAAAUGUACAAUGUGA